GAUACUUUCCCCCUUUUUGUUUUGUUUCCGAGUACAUUCACUUAACUGGUUUCUUAUACUUUGUUUUUGUUGUGUAGAGACGCAACUCUAUCAGGCUGCCUUCCCAGCCUUUGGUGGCUCCAUGGGCGUUCGCCCUCUGCGCGAUGAUGAGGAAGGCUGGUAUGACCAGAUAAAAGGGAACUUCAUGUUUCCUCCUGCUGACGCCUUCGCCUCGCCGCCGGAUGCAACUGAAGGUGUGUUGCGCGAUCUGGGGGUUGACCCAGAGGAGAAGAAGAAGAAACCUUCGAAGAAGAAAAAGAAGGCGGAUGUUGAAGUGACCAGCAAGGGUCCUGGCGCCAGUCGCGCAACUACUGCUGCUGUCAAAGCUAUGGGAAAGACUGGCGCUGGUGGGUCAAAGGGCUCUGGGAGCGCGGGUUCUCGUAACCCGGAUGCUGACGCAACUCCAUCUCAACCUGAGGAUGAAGAAGAAGAGGAAGAAGAGACUGCCCCGUUGAUUGGAAGAAAGAGGGGUAGAAGCGAGGCGACAACUGGUGUGGCCUCUGCGCCUGUUUCAGUUGUUAUUCCCGUUGUUGGGAAGAAGAGCAAGUUGCGCUCGUUAUACCAGUUUUCUCCUGAGAUCAAGAAGAAGACCCCUGAAAAGGGGGUUAAGUUUGUUGAACCCAGCACGAAAAAACCUAAGGUUGCCACUGAACCUUCCGAUUCUGCUGCGCGUGAUGCUGCGAAAACUGCUGAAGCGCAGCGAAAGGCAGAAGAGGAUCGGAAGAAAGAAGAGAGUAGGAUUGCUGCGCAGAAGAAGGCUGAAGAGCGAAAGCGCAAAGAAGAGGAAGAGAAAAAGAGGAAGGAGGAGGAGGAGAGAAAGCUGGAGGCGGAGAGGAAGAGGAAAGCGGAAGAGGAGAGAAAGCUGAGGGAGGAGGCGGAUAGGCAGAGGAAGGCGGAAGAGGCGAGGAAAGAAAGAGCUGCCGAUCAGUCUUCUGUUCAAGGGCAGUCUGGUGUCCCAAAACCUCCCCCUGCUGCGCCGAUUGUUACCUCUAAGGGGUUAGGGCGCUAUGUGUCUAGUGGUGCAAGCUCUGGAGGAGCUGGGGGCUAUAACCCCAAUGUGAUAGGUGCGAAGGAUACCGUCGGGGACAUAUAUUAUAAAACUUAUACUGAAGAGGAACGUGGUGAUGCUCCUCAUCAAGCCCCUUGGAGCUUAAGGCAGAAGGAUACAUUUGUUGAAUUUGGUCCUUCUCGCGAUUGGUACUUGAACCAAUUCACUCCUGGCGAAGUUAACCGUCAAAAGGCGAAGCCGCAUGAAAUGUUGUAUCGCACUUACAUUCUUGCCGAGGCCAACGCUCGAUCUGCUAACCAUCAGAUAGUUCGUGAAUGGCGAACAAUGGUCAGAGAGCGCGCCGACUGGGAGGCUUACCGAGAACGUGUGCUAAAACGUGUUGGUGAAUUUGAGAAGGCUAAGGCCACAUUUGAUGAGGAGAAAGCCAAGUUUGAGGCUGAUAGGAAAGCUGAAGAGUGGGGUCGCGAGGGCCUGCAAAAGAAACUUCAUAAUGUGGAAGAGCAACUGGCCAAGGAGAAGGCCGAGUUCAAGCGCAUCUGCGCCCAGGACAACGAGCGCGCCUAUGCGGCUCGACAAAAAAUUGUUGGUCUUGAGGCGAAGAUAGCGGAGCUGACGUCGAAGGUGGAGGAAGCGCAGGUUGAGACAGCCGCUAAACAACAGAUGGAGGUUGAGUUGUCUGAAGCUAAGGUUCAGCUGUCCACCAAGGACAAAGAUCUCCAGGCCAAGGACGUUGAGAUUGCGGAGCUCAAACGUCGCUUGGAUGAACAAAUCGACAAAUGUGAGUCCCUGGAGAUCGACCUUGGGGCAGAGAAGGUCAAGGCCACCGAUGCUGAGGAGGCGCGUGCUGUCAGCACUGCGGCGCUUAACGUGGCUCAGACAAAUUAUUCUGAGGCCCAAGGCAUUGUGGACACGCUUGUUUCUGAAGCAGAAUGGAUGCGCACUCGGGGAAUAGUGCUGGUCGCCAACUCCAUCCUGAACGCCGGCGAGCUAGAUCGCGCUGUUGCUGCUCUUACGGAUGCGGCGCGUGCAGUUGGUCAUCGAGGAGGUUACCUGGAGUGUGCUGAUCACGUUGAGCGAAUGCUGGGACAAGAAUUCGAUACAAGUCAUUGCUCAGUGACGGAACAAGCUGAUGCUGCGCUGGCCAGUGCUGAGAACUCAUAUGACAACCUCUCCUUGCCCAUCAUGGACUUGGUUGUUAGUGCCUUAAAAAAGGAUGAUUGGUGUCAGCGCCUCAAGGCGAUCCUUGAUCCACCGAUUACUGUUGAAUCAUCUGAUGAGGAAGCAGCUGGUGAUGAUGGCGGAGGUGAUGACGAUGGCGACGAUGGUGAAGGGAACGAAGAUGAUGAUGGUGAGAAGAAAGAAGACAAAUAG